UUUGGAUUUCCUGCCUGUGGUGAUGCAACUUGAUUGGGCUUGAAUGGUGUGUGUGUGGAGGUGACAGUGCUGGUGUAAUACUACAUCGCCUCCUGUCACAUUGCGACCACAAUGCAACAAGUUCUAGAAUAUGCAUUGGAUCGGGCUGAGUACAUUGUUGAAAGUGCCCGUCAGCGACCGGCGAAGAGACGAGUAUCCUCAAGUGGAAGGAAAUCUUUAUAUCAGAAACUUUAUGAAUUGUAUAUUGAAGAGUGUGAAAAGGAACCUGAGUUGAAGAAACUAAGAAGAAAUGUGAAUCUACUAGAGAAGCUGGUAUCGCAGGAGUCUGUCUCCUGUCUGGUGGUCAACCUGUACCCUGGAAAUGAAGGAUACUCUCUCAUGCUCCGAGGAAAGAAUGGAUCCGAUUCAGAAACAAUUCGGCUUCGCUAUGAGGAAGGAGAGUUGCUGGAGUACCUGGAUGCUGAGGAGCUGCCGCCCAUCCUUGUAGACCUUCUAGAAAAAUCACAGGUGAACAUAUUUCACUGUGGCUGUGUCAUAGCUGAGGUCAGGGACUACAGACAGUCUGGCAAUGCAAAGAUGCCCACCUACCAGAGUCGAUACGUACUGCUGAGACCCACUAUGCAGACCCUUAUCUGUGAUGUUCAUGCUAUCACAAGUGAUCACCACAAGUGGACGCAGGAUGAUAAACUUCAGCUUGAGAGUCAGUUGAUUCUGGCUACAGCAGAACCUCUGUGUCUGGAUCCCUCCAUCUCUGUCACCUGCACCACCAACCGUCUGCUCUACAACAAGCAGAAGAUGAACACGCGUUCAAUGAAACGAUGUUUCAGAAGACACUCACGAGCAUCUCUAAACAGACAGCAGGAGAUGAUGAACCACUGCCCCGCACUGCCACAGCUCAGACUCCUGGACUACCUGCAGAGGAGGAAAGAGAGGAAACCUGCUCCAUCGAUAGACCUCAAGAUCUCCAAAGCUGGAAACUGUGUGGACAUGUGGAAACAGAGCAGCUGUCAGCUCACCAUCCCAUCGGAUAUUGAUGUGGAGAAAUACGCAGUGGCAGAGAAGUCUGUGAAACUAGAUGAGACUCAGCCCACCGUUUGGCCUUCACAGGACGUAAGGGACGACUACACUUUCGAGUGCGAGGUUGGGGGACAGCCACAGAGAACAAAACUCACGUUCUUCCAGUCUACAGGAGACCCGCUGGUGUACGGCAAAAUCUACAGCGCCAAAGACUCCAAAUCGGAGGAGGACGUCACAGACCUGCAUCUCAUUCACCCACCAUUCCUCAUCGGUUCAAAGACAGAUGCUGACCAGUUUUUGACACAGUAUAGAGAGGUGUACGAGCGAGACAUGAAGUGUCCGGUUAAAAUGUCGCAUAACUCGGGCAGCGUGGGCUCGCAGGGCCAAAUCUCCCCUACAAGAGAGACUGAGGCUGAUGGUUUCUCAGCACUGGUCCAGACUUCGGUUUUAGGCAAGGGUGUGAAACACAGACCGCCUCCUAUCAAACUGCCAGCCGGCUCAGCCUGCAGCUCCUCAGGUAACCUGUACAAUACACAGGCCUCCAGCGGCCAUCUCAAGUGCCCAACCCCUCCACCCACAAAGAAUCAGUCGCUCUCCCGAAAACACUCUAUGGAACACGGUCUGCUGUCCCCUGCUGCUCUCUCACCCAUGCAGAGAUCAGGAACGCCCAAGCCCUCCACGCCCACCAACACACCCUGUUCUACGCCACACCCUGCCGAUAUUCAGAGUACCACGCCCUCCGUAACGCCCACCCCUCAGGACCCCGCCCUCCCUCAGCCUCCUACACUGCUGACAUCGUUUGCACAGCAGCAGAUGGCCCUGAAUCAGGCUAUGCCCGUCAUGAAUAUCCCUUUACCCAUAUCCAGCACCACCUCUUCACAGGUCAUGACCAACCCAGCUGGAGUGAACUUCAUCAAUGUGUUGGGCUCUGUUUGCAGUCCACAGACUCUGAUGAGCGGUUCUAACCCAAUGCUGGGCUGUAGUCCUGGUACUCUGGCGUCUGGUAUCCCCCUGACUGGACUUCUGCCCUCUGGUGGUCUCAUGUCUGGAGCACUUCCUGCCACGCAGCCCACAGCCCAGACGGGUGGGCCCUUCAUCUUGAACAGCAGCUCUGGAUUACGACCGCUUAACCUUCUGCAGAUUCCCGCAGGACCAUUGAUUUUUAACUCUUUACAGCAGCAGCAGUUGUCUCAGUUUUCCCCGCAGCAGCAGAGCAGUCAGUCUGCCACUUCCAGUCCCCAGCAGCAGGGGGAGUCGGCUGAUGGCGGACUGACGGCAGAACAGGGACUGUCUGCCCAACAGACUGCAGUUAUCAACCUCACUGGAGUGGGAGGCUUCAUGUCCCCUCAGGCAGCAGUGCUGUCGCAGCUGGGUUGUGGUCUGGAUGGGUCCGGGCCCGGCCUGCCGUCCCCGAGGCUCCAGCAACAGCACCAGCCACAGAUCCAAUUGCAAUUCUUGCAGCACCAAAUGCAACAGCAGCAAAUGGGUAUGGCAGUGGCACAGCCACGGCAACAUUCCGCCAACCAGCCAAGAAGUAAGAGGAAACGCAGCACGCCACAGCCUCUCCCCAAGUCAUGA